CUGCAUCCAUCCAGCAACUGCAGAAGCAACUUCUUUUCCAGAGCUCCAAACCUAAAGGAUCAUCAAUCACCACACUCCUGCUCAAAAAAAACAAUGGAAAUCAAGGUGGCACUCCUGCUCGUAUCAGCCCUAAUUGCUGUGGCUGCAGCUUACCCCACCAAGGAUCAACAGAAAGCAACUGCUGCUGCUGCUGGUUUAGACUGCGACAACGACCCCAUUUUCGAAGUAUUCGACUGCCACACGACCUUCCGUCUACAGGGCUGCACUAAAGAUGGACAAUCCUGUAUUUCUGGACUACCUCCAAGCUGCUAUUAUCCUCCUGAUCAAUGCCACUACUUUUUCUGGUAUACGGAAAGUGGUGUCUAUAGUACAUCUAUCUGCAAGACUAUCUACACGACUGCAUGCUGCUCUUACGAUGCAUCACCGCCUAGCUGUGACUAUGUUUUGGCUCAGGAAGAGGCCACUGACGAUGCUGUUGAAGGAGUGAGGAUCUGCGAGACAGAUGCCAAUGGUGAUGAGCAUUGUCGCUCUCUAUCUGAAGGAAAAUCCGCGGAGGCAAUGCAGGAGUCUGACUGCUUCUGUGUGAGAGACGGAGAGGGACACAAAGUCUGUGAACCUGACAACUGUGAUGCUGGACGGCAGGCCCCAAAAUUCGCGGAGGAAAUGAAGGAGUCUGACUGCUUCUGUGUGAGAGACAGAGAGGGACACAAAGUCUGCGAACCUAACAACUGUGACGCUGGACGACAGGCCCCAAAAUUCAACUGACCUCCAGCAACGUAACAAUUGCAGCAGUAGUGACUGGCUCUUUUAGCUCAUUUAGUGUUUGACUAUUG